AUGAUCUGUGUGCUAGGUCUCAUCUGUCCUGAGUUAUUAAACUGUGCGAUUCUGGUGAUUGCAGCAGUGACUGCAUGGUGCUACUAUAUUGCCUCCCUUCGUAAAGCUGACCUGCUUAAGACAGAAUUGCUUGAUCUGAAUAAGGAUGGCUUUCUCAUCCGUAACCAGGCUGGGGGGAUUGUCCUGAAGAUGGGUUUCAGAUCUGGCACACUUGAUCUCGACUCCUGCUCAAAGGAGGGAGUGAUCCUUCGAUGCUCGCGUUCGUUUGCUGGCAAGGUGAACUUCUUCAUUAUGACGGUGAAACCAAAGGAGACGGUGGUGUGUUACCGUGUGCGUUGGGAAGAGUUGGAGUCAGACCGACCGGUGGAACAUGCCAUGUCCUACAAUGAAUCGCACUGGUAUGGUGGUGCUGAGACUGCUGUUCAGCAUUGGCCUAUCGCCAUCUCAGGCCAGCAGGCACCCAAACCUUUUGUCACUAGCGACGUGUACUCCAAUCGCCAUGACUUUGGUGGCAUCCUGGAGCGCUACUGGCUUUCGUCCAAUGCAACUGCCAUUAAGAUCAAUGACUCUGUGCCCUUCCACCUGGGCUGGAAUGAUACAGAGAAAACCAUGUACUUCCAGGCACGAUAUCAGGACAGUCCGUACAAACCUGCACCUGGAAGACCUCCCUAUGCUGAACUUAGUUACAGAGUCUGCGUUGGCCCAGAUGUGACCUCUAUCCACAAGGUCAUGGUUCGUCGAUACUUCCCCAAACCCAACAAAGUGCCUGCCAAGGAAAUGUUCCGGCACCCAAUAUGGUCCACCUGGGCUUUACAUAAGACUGACAUCAACCAGGAAAAGCUUUUAACUUAUGCAGAGAAUAUACGCAAACAUGGUUUUAACUGUAGCCACUUAGAAUUUGAUGAUCGAUAUACUAGUCAAUACGGGGAGUUUGAAUUUGACACUCAGAAGUUCCCAAAUGCUUCUGCCAUGUUUCAAAAGCUCAAGGCAGAUGGCUUCCUGGUAUCCCUGUGGACACAUCCCUUUGUGAAUUAUGAUUCUGCUAAUUUUGGGCCAUGUGUACAGAAAGGCCUGUUCGUGAUGGAGCCAACAGGCCAACUUCCUGCAUUGGUUAAGUGGUGGAAUGGCAUCGGUGGAAUCCUUGAUUUUACCAAUCCAGAAGCUCGCAACUGGUUCACAUCCCAUCUUCGCUCUUUACGCCACAAAUAUGGCGUUUCUUCCUUCAAGUUGGAUGCAGGUGAGACCAACUAUUUGCCCUGGCAGUUCAGAACUCGAGUCCACCUCCCCGACCCAAGCACCUUCACUCGCCGCUACACCGAAAUGGCCAUUCCUUUCAACGAACGCGCUGAACUUCGGUCCGGCUACAGCUCUCAGAAUAUCUCCUGUUUUUUCCGUCUAAUUGACCGGGACUCUGUGUGGGGCUAUGAACUUGGCCUCAAGUCCCUGAUCCCAACCGUCCUCACCAUUAGCAUCCUGGGCUACCAGUUAACUAAUUACUCCAUGGUUACACUUGAGAUGUUACAGAUGAAGAUCCCCUGUGGGGACAUGCCACAUUUAGCAUCUUUACACAUCCACGAGUUGCCUGAACGAUGA